AUGAGCUUCGUCUAUGACUCCACCAUUAUUCACUCCGACUCUGCUUACGUCACGCGGGCUAGCCUUGACCACGAAGCUCAUAGUCUAUGCUCUUUGGUUGAGGAGCAGAGAUCGUCAACAGAUUCGAGCUCUCGCCCCAUCAUCCUGGUCGCUCACAGUCUUGGCGGAUUAGUCUGUGCGACUCCCAUCAUCUUUGGGGAUAGAAACGCACCAGGCGAUGAUAUCGAAGCUGUAGCGAGGGAUGUGGCCGGCAUGGUUUUCCUCGGCACCCCUUUUGCUGGCUCAAAUGCAGCCAAGUGGGGAGAGCUGGUCCGUAAGAUCUUCAAUGUCGCUUUUCCGGAAGUUAUUAGAAAGCGUAACAACAAUGCUGAAAGCAAAGUCCAGAUUGUCUUUUUCUUUGAGACUUUGGAUACUGGAGGUAUUCGAAUUGUUGAGGAUCAGUCUGCCUCGCAUCCCGGUAUUGGCCAGACGCUACCCCUCAGAGCGAACCAUAUCAGUAUCUACAAGUUCGAGUCUAGCGAUAACGAAGGCUAUAAAGCUGUAAAAGCCAAGAUUCUUCAGAUGAUGAAGGGCGAAGUCAAAGAGAGUAAUGACAAGAACGGUAGUACAGUUUUCAACAACCUUGACAAGGUUCAUAAUCAGGCAGCAAGGAAUAUCAAUAUUAACUCUCCAGUCAUUUUUCUAGUAUAA